CUCAUAGCAACGUUGCUCAAGCCCUCGGGCGAACGGAUAUUUCUUUUCUCCGGCACCGGGCGGUGGCUGCAGCUUUGCUGCCAUGGUCAUCAAGACAGAUUUAUGCGCGUACACGGAGUACCGCAUCUACCCCGGAGGUGGCAAGAGGUUUGUCGCGAGGGACGGUAAGGUCCACUUCUUCAUCAACUCCAAGGUGGCCUCCCUGCACCACCAGAGGAUCAAGCCGGUCAGGCUCCGCUGGACGCAGGCGUGGCGCCGCAUGAACAAGAAGGGCAAGGUCGACGAGAACCAGAAGAAACGCACCCGCAAGGCGCAGAAGUUCCAGAAGGCCAUCGUCGGCAUGUCCCUGGACGACAUCAAAAAGAAAAAGGCCCAGAAGCCCGAGCUGCGCCAGCAGGCCAAGGAGCAGGCGGCGAAGGAGGCGAAGGCCCGCCAGCAGACGGCGAAGCCCAAGGCCAAGGCGGCCGCCCCGAAGAGCAAGGCAGCCCAGGUUCCGAAGGGCAAGGACAUGAAGGCCGGGAACCAGAACAAGAGCAAGGCCCCGAAGAUGCCGGGCAAGAUGUGAUCGAGGAACCGACCGGUCGCCAGCUGGGCACCUUCGGUGAGCGGGGCCCGGCCGUCCUUCGGCCUGGCGCGGCGCGCACUGGCGCGGGGGGGCUCUGCGGUGCCGGGAAAGGGCGAUGCUGUCUCGAG